GGGCUGUCCCACGAUGGGUGUCCUGGGGUCCCUGCUGCCUCCCACCUGGGAGAUUUUUACACACACUGAGGGGCUGUUUGUUCUUUAUUUACAGAGGUAUUGUGGCCAGUAUUUUGGUUUUCUUAUGUUUUGGAGUCACACAAGCUAAAGACGGGCCAUUUUCCAGACCUCAUCCAGCUUACUGGAGGUUUUGGCUCUGCGUCAGUGUGGUCUAUGAGCUAUUUCUCAUCUUCAUACUCUUCCAGACUGUCCAGGACGGCCGGCAGUUUCUGAAGUACAUCGACCCCAGGCUGGGAGUCCCAUUGCCGGAGAGAGACUACGGGGGAAACUGCCUCAUAUACGACGCAGACAACAAGACCGACCCUUUCCACAAUGUUUGGGACAAGCUGGACGGCUUUGUUCCCGCACACUUCAUUGGCUGGUACCUGAAGACCCUGAUGAUCCGCGACUGGUGGAUGUGCAUGAUCGUGAGCGUGAUGUUUGAGUUCCUGGAGUACAGCCUCGAACACCAGCUGCCCAACUUCAGCGAGUGCUGGUGGGACCACUGGAUCAUGGAUGUGCUGGUCUGCAACGGGCUGGGCAUUUACUGUGGCAUGAAGACCCUUGAGUGGCUGUCCCUGAAGACCUACAAGUGGCAGGGCCUCUGGAACAUCCCGACCUACAAGGGCAAGAUGAAGAGGAUCGCCUUCCAGUUCACGCCCUACAGUUGGGUCCGCUUCGAGUGGAAGCCAGCCUCCAGCCUGCGCCGCUGGCUAGCCGUGUGUGGCAUCAUCCUGAUGUUUUUGUUGGCGGAGCUGAACACCUUCUACUUGAAGUUUGUGCUGUGGAUGCCCCCCGAGCACUACCUGGUUCUGCUGCGACUGGUUUUCUUCGUGAACGUGGGUGGCGUGGCCAUGCGUGAGAUCUACGACUUCAUGGACGACCCGAAGCCCCACAGGAAGCUGGGCCCACAGGCCUGGCUGGUGGCGGCCAUCACGGUCACAGAGCUGCUCAUCGUGGUCAAGUACGACCCCCACACGCUCACCCUGUCCCUGCCCUUCUACAUCUCCCAGUGCUGGACGCUCGGCUCCGUCCUGGUGCUUACCUGGACCAUCUGGCGCUUCUUCCUGCGGGACAUCACCUUGAGGUACAAGGAGACGCGGCGGCAGAAGCAGCAGAACCGGGGUGACCUCGGCAAUGGGGAUGGGCACCCGCUGGGACCAGACGAUGAGCCUGAGCCCAGGGCCACUGAGAGGGAAGGGGUGCCAGGCUCCAAACUGACUUGUGCCUCUGCUGCCCCUUGAGCAGCCAGACCAAGGCCUCGUUGCCCCGCCCCUACGUCAUCCCGCCAGGAAGCCAACCACGGGCUCGCCUGCAAGGGGGUGUUUUCUUUUCAUCCUGGGCGCUCACUGAGCUCGAGGUGGGUAAGGAGGCCCCACUCGGCUCCA